UACUAGCAUUGCCUGUGCCUUUAGUUGCUUAACCAAAUACUUGUACUUGGGAAAUUGAUAAAAGCCUAAAAUCACUAAUGUUACAGUCCAAUAUUUUUGGAUUACGACUAAUAAAAUUUCACAAAAAACGUUUGUGCCAAACAUCAUAAGUUUCGGGAGCGCUACGGCUGCAGGGGACCGGUUGAUUCUUUACAUAAAAUUUCAAUGUGUUCUGGAAAUGGUUUGCAAAGAGGACGUGGUAUCAUGGUUUAAAGAAUUGGAAAGCUAUAAACGCAUAGACGCAAUGUGUACAUUGUUAAAUAUGUGCUUACCAUUCGAAUUGCGCUUUAUUGGCACAUACCUAGAGGAGCUCGGUAAGCGGGACUUUCAGGAGUUGCGUGGUGCCGAACUCAGAGCCAACAACCCCACAGAUCUGGCAGCUGACAUAGGAGGUGCAAACACAGAUCCUAGAACGCGACGAAAAAUGGCUUUAUAUGUGUCUUUGUUGCGCUCGUGUAAUUUUGCGUGCGCCACAACGUUGUACAACGCCAUGGUUAGUUUGGAGCACAGUGGUCUCUUGAAAGGUCUUUACGGCGAUCUUUUGGAGGAAAUUCUUCUUCUAUACACAAUGGCAUUGCAUCAUCCAGCCUUCACCUUUGAUCAAAAGUCACAUUUUGGUGAAAUAUUAGAGAAAUUGAAAUUAGAAGACCAGAGAAUACAAUUUCAAGAGCAACCUGAACAUAUGAAUGUUGUACCAGUGAGUGUAUGUCAUACCCAGCCUAGUGUCACCCCCAAUAUGUCUGUCCCACCACCUAGCUUGUCGGGCUUGGGGCCUCCGCCAGGUAUCAUGUUUGUCAAACCCCCUGGGGUGCAGCCUCCAAGUACAGAUUCAGUCCCUGAAUUGCAUUCCCCUCCAGUGUUAACUGGUGCGGGAGGUGUUGUGCCCAUGCUUGGGGAAGUCCAACAUCCCCCACCUGGUCUGCCUAUGCCUCAGUACAAUAUGGGAGAAUACAUGGGACAACAUGCGUGGGCAGGGAAUAUUAUUGUCCCACAACCUUUAGAGGUAUUAAGUUACCCGGUGGCCGGCGGGAACCCUACAGUGCCUGGAGGCCCGUCUUCGCCAUUGGUGUCGCCCGGCGACAGUCGCGCCGGGUCGCCUCGCAGUCGCCGGCGACAGUCGCGCGACCGUUCUUCGCCUUCUGUCCCACCACAUGACCAGGGAUUAGCAAUGCACCUUGCUGGAAACUUUGAAGCCCUAGCUCUUGCCGAGAUGGAAAACGUCGACAGGCUUCAAAGGAGGCACAACAUCGGCGACGAGAGGUUACGCGAGUUAAGUGCUGUGCACCAGUAUCGCUCGCUGGAGAAGCUCAACGGCGUGCGGAAGCGCUCCGGCGCCUUCUGUCCGCCCGCGCGCUCCUCGUCCGAGAGCGGGUCCAGCGCCGCGUCGUCGCCGCCCGGCACGCCCGCGCCGCAACCGCGCCGCGCCACGCCCAGCGCGCCGCCGCCGCCGCUGCCCUUCGUGCCCUACCCGCGCCCCUACUACCCCGGCCCGCCGCCCGCCUACCGCCCGCCUCCGCCGCCCUUCGCCAACGGCGAGCCGCCGCCGUACGGCACGCCGCAGUUCCCCGGCUUCGUGCCCGUGCUGUACGCGCCGCCCAAGCUGUCGUGCUGGAACUGCGGCGCGGCGGGGCACGCGGGCCACGAGUGCAAGGAGCCCAGCAUGGAGGAGAUGACGCGCGCGGGCGGCUACCAGCUGGACUUCGGCGCGCCGCCCGAGCCGGCCGACAAGUAGCGCUCGCGGGCCGCGUCGCCCGCCGCGCCGCGCAGCUAGCGACCGUCGCCACCUCUGUCCA